AUGGCCAAGGGAAAGAAAGGAAAGAAGAACGUCGCCAACGACGACUGGGAAGCCGACAUCCCAACCACCACCGAAGAGCUAUUCCCUGUCACCGCUCAGCUCGAAAAUACUCCUGGUUAUCAUAAGGAUGACGAAACAAAGGAUAGUGGCCCUGCGGCCGCUACUGCCGAUGACAUUGCCGAAGACGUUGGAGGCGGUGGCGGUGGCUUUGGCUUGCUUGGUGCUAUCAGAAAGAGCAAGGCUAAUAAGAAAAAGAAGGGUGGUAAGAAUAAGUUCGAUGAGGAUGAAGAUGUGGAAGCCGCUCUUGCCAAGUUGAAUAUGGAGGCCGAGCAAGCUGAGGCUGAAGCAACUCAGACAAAAGGAAAGGCUCCUCCUCCUGCCGAUAAGGGUGGCGAUGAUGAUGAGGAGGAGGAAGAAGAGACCGGUGGAAGGGUAAAGUCUAAGAAAGAAAAGGAACGUGAGAAGAAGGAAAAAGAGAAGCAGAGAAAGAAGGAACAGGCUGCUCGUAAGAAAACUGGAGGCGCUCCUGCUCCCUCCACUUCCAAGCCCCCUCCUACCUCUACAGUUGAGAAGGCUGAGGAGAAACCUGUUGAAACCGCUCCUGAACCUGCUGGCGGUAAGAAAAAGAAGGUUUCUGCUGCUGUUCUUGCUAUCCAACGUCAACAGGAAGCUCGCCGUAAGAUAGAGGACGAGCAGCGUCUGGCCGAAGAGGAAGCUCGUCGGGUAGUCGAAGAAGAGCAAAAGCGUACUGAGGAAGAAGAGCAAAAGAGAGAAGAAGCCAAGCAAAGGAAGAAAGAAAAGGAAAAGGAAAAGAAGGAGCAACUUAAGAAGGAGGGUAAAUAUCUCACAGCGGCGCAGAAAGCUCAACAGAAGGCGAAUCAACUACGUUUACAGCAGAUGAUCGAUGCUGGUAUGCUUGUUGAGGGUCUUUCCGAAUCGAGUGCUGCUAAGAAAAAGCCUGUCUAUGAUAAGAAAAAGAAGAAGCCUGGCAAGACCGGUGAUAAAGACGCCGAUGGUGAACCUUCCACGCCUGUUGAGUCUACAAAAUUGCAGAAAGAAGAGGAAGAACGGCAAGCCGCUGAGAAAGCCGCUGAGAAAGCCGCUCAGGAGGAGGCAGAGAGGAAGGCCGCUGAAGCUGCAGAGGUCGAAGGCGAAGCCGGUCCGAAGGAUGAGGAGGAUGUUGUAGAAAGCUGGGAAGCUGCCGCUGAAGAGGACGACGUAAAGGAAUCCUGGGACAUGGACACUGAUGACGAUAUGGAAAUUAAAAAAGAGAAGAAGGAGCAACAAGAAAAGGAGGAGAAGGAGAAGGAGAAGGCUGCCAAAGCAACUUCCGCCAAAUCCAAGGGUAAGAAGCCUGUCGAUGAUUCUUCUGAUGAAGAGACAUCUGUUGCCCAGAGACAAGCAAUGCAAAGAAAGGAAGAAGCCGAAGAGCGACGCAGGAAAAAGCAUGAAGAAGCCCUCGCCGCACGAUCAAAAGACAAUCUGCGAUCCCCUAUCUGCUGUAUUCUUGGUCACGUCGAUACCGGAAAAACCAAGCUUCUCGACAAGAUUCGUCAGACCAAUGUCCAAGAAGGCGAAGCAGGUGGUAUCACCCAGCAGAUCGGUGCAACUUAUUUCCCAGUUGAGGCUAUUAAACAGAAGACCGAAGUCGUCAAUCAAGAUGGUUCUCUUGAAUUCAACGUUCCUGGUCUGUUGGUUAUCGAUACCCCCGGUCACGAGUCCUUCACCAAUCUCCGAAGCAGAGGUAGCUCUUUGUGUAACAUUGCUAUUCUCGUCGUCGAUAUUAUGCACGGUCUCGAACCCCAAACAAUAGAGUCGAUCAGGUUGCUCCGUGGUCGUAAAACACCAUUUAUUGUCGCCCUCAACAAGAUCGAUCGUUUGUACGGUUGGAAAGAGGUUCCAAACAAUGGCUUCGAGGACUCUCUCGCCAAGCAAUCAAAGGCUGUUCAGAACGAAUUCAAGGACAGGCUUGCCCAGACCAAACUCGCAUUCGCAGAACAAAGUCUCAACGCCGAACUCUUCCACGAGAAUAAGAACAUGAGCAAAUUCGUUUCUUUGGUUCCAACAUCAGCCCACACUGGAGAGGGUAUUCCGGACAUGCUCAAGCUCUUGAUUACUUUGACCCAGCAGCGUAUGGCCGAAAAGCUCAUGUACCUUUCUGAACUUGAGUGUACCGUUCUUGAGGUCAAGGUUAUUGAAGGUCUUGGAACAACUAUCGAUGUUGUUCUUUCCAAUGGUGUACUUAGGGAGGGUGACAGGAUAGUUCUUUGUGGUCUUAAUGGAGCUAUAGCAACUACUGUCAGGGCCUUGCUUACACCUCAACCGCUCAGAGAGUUACGUGUCAAGAGCAACUACGUUCAUCACAAGGAAGUCAAAGCAGCCCUCGGUGUCAAGAUUGCAGCCAAUGAUCUUGAAAAUGCCAUUGCCGGUUCUAGAUUGUUGGUCGUCGGUCCCGAUGACGACGAAGAAGACCUUUGCGAAGAAGUCAUGAGCGAUUUGGAAGGCUUGUUGAACAAGGUUGAGAAAUCAGGAAAGGGUGUCUGCGUUCAAGCAUCCACUCUCGGUUCUCUCGAAGCUUUGUUAGAUUUCUUGAGCGUUAGCAAGAUUCCGGUCAUGUCUAUUAGUAUUGGCCCGGUCUACAAGCGUGACGUUAUGAGAGCAGGAACAAUGUUGGAGAAGAACAAAGAGUUCGCUGUCAUGCUGUGUUUCGAUGUCAAAGUCGAUAAAGAAGCUCAGGCCUAUGCGGAUGAAGUCGGCGUCAAGCUUUUCACUGCCGACAUUAUCUAUCACUUGUUCGACUCUUUCACCGCCUACCAGAAGGAUCUUCUCGAACAAAAGCGAAAGGAAACCGCCGACCUCGCUGUCUUCCCAUGCGUUCUCCGAAUUGUCCAGGUUUUCCACCAGCGUGAUCCUAUCGUCGUUGGUAUCGAUGUUGUUGAAGGUAGCUUGCGUAUCGGCACUCCUAUCGCGGUUGCAAAGCCUGGCAGUGAGCCAGUAGUUCUUGGUAGAGUCACAUCUAUCGAACUCAACCACAAGGCUGUACCAAUUGCCAAGAAGACUUCUCCAUCUGUCGCUGUCAAGAUUGAAGCCUCUAAUCAACCUAUCCUCGGUCGUCAUUGGGAGGAAGCCGACACUCUUUAUUCACAUAUUUCCCGCAAGUCCAUUGAUACUCUGAAGAAUCACUUCCGAGAAGAAGUGGCUAAGGAGGAUUGGGCUCUGAUCGUCCAACUCAAGAAGGUCUUCAAGAUUGAUUAA